CAGCUGUGACAGAGAUGGAGCAGAGAGUUAGGGAUUUUCUGAGAUCUGACCUAUUUCUCCUCCCUUGUGUUCAAAGACACUUUUGGUAGGAGAGCUUUUCUUGCUGCCUGCCUGUUCCCCACUCAAUUUCAUUUACAAAAAUCUGUGUAUUCUCCUCUCUCUUUAACCUGUUCGCCUUCCGCCAGACCACUUUUUCCCUCUUUAUCUCACAUUUUCCUAUGUAGUAUUUACUUGAGAGAGGCAGCUCAUUGCAUAGAGCACAGGGCAGCCUUUCCAAUCCUGUCAGGGGCUCUACUUACUUUAUUCUUUUCUUUUGGCAGCAGCUUCUCCUCCAUGUGGACCAUGACAAUGGGAGCCAUUCUUAGUGCUCUUGAGUCCUGGGCACAGACCCCCUAGUCAGGCUGCUGUGCUGAGUGUUCAGGCUAUGCUUUGGCAGCUAUCAACUGCCUCUAUUUAUACAUCGGGGAGCUUCAGCAGAUAUGUGAGUCUCGGGAUCACUGGUGUUUCCCACAGCCAUGCAGCCAAUCCAGGCACACAGUUGAACAAUAGAGGAAGCAUCUAUUAGUGCAUGGUACAUUGAUUGCAAAUGCCCUGGAGAGAAUAACCUUCUGCCCACGCUGACUGGUGGAGUGUGCAGCGUGGCUCUUCAGGGCUGCCCCCGGAUCUGGGAAAACACUGACCCUCCAGCUGGUUGUCUGGGAUCAAUGGCAUUCCUGAGUCCCUGCAUGUGCCAGUCACAUUUGCAGCGUGGAGGAGGCACGCUUUUGGGGAAAGGCGGGAAAAGAAGAAGGGAGCACUGUUAGGGUUAGUAUCAACAGCUCCAAGGACAUCUCUGCUCUUUCUGGAGAGGACACCUCACAGCCAGGGUCCCAGGUGCCCUUUGCCGGAAUGUGGGUCUAUUUGUGUUGGCCCGUACAGGUAUUACACUUCUAAUAGGUGAGCCAAAGUGUUACCAGUGUGAAAUGAUAGGCUUGUUUCGUAACACUUAUAAAUGCUGUGGAGAACUGACAGUCAAGAUGGCGAGAUGUUGGAUAGACAGGGUGAGUAAAUAAGGAAUAGGAAGGAAAUGGAAAUGAUAACCUCUGUUUCUCUCUUCCCCUUAACACAGCAGGGUCUGUGGGCCUGUUGCACCAGUGUUUCCAUUGCCUUCACUAAGGAAAGCACACAUCUCCUAGCAGAACUGGGCCCAUGCCUUGUCACCCCUGUAGCUCUUUUUUUCCCCUUUUCUACUCUCUUUCAUACAGACAUUUACAAGAACGGUGGUUAAGAUGAGCUAAAGAAUAGCAUCAGAUUCAACCCAGAAGCCUUAGGUCUUUGGAAGUCAGAGGUGUGUCAUGAAUGGGAUUUAGUGCCUGAGAUUUAUGGUGUGCUCUGUUCCCAUCUGACCAGGGAGCAUCACACUGCAGACACUGUCCCACUGCAGACAGGACCUGCCACAGUUUGAGAUCUCAGACAGCAAUCAUGAGAUCUCAGAGACCAUAGCUGCCUCCCUGUGUAAACUUAUCUGCAAAAUGGGGAUAGCGCUGCGUGCUUGCAUUUACAUUAAAAUUUCAAUGACAAUUAAGCAAACAUUAUUUCUUUUGUGGUAAAGGCAAGAAAAAGAAUGACAUUUUAGGUGGACAUUUUAAGUAAGUUCUUAUUUUGUCCUAUGAGACAAAUCCUGCCUGUAUACAGCCCUUGAGGCAGCACCAAAAAUAGCCCAGACCCUACCUGAGAAGAGCUGUGCUGCAUCCUGCCAUCUGAGGGUCUAGCCUGUUGUGCCCGAGGCACACGUGUGCUUAUCUUUUCCCAGUGCACUGCUUGUGCACGGGAGCGUGGCUGGGAAUCUUGGAAUGGAAAUGGUGAAGGGAAGUGUGCAGUGAGGUAAGAAAGCCAAAGCCAAUUUCUUACUUGGAAAUCCUGAAGUGAAGCCUGAGUUUAAUGGGCAGUUGACAGGAAGGAGGGAGGUGUCGCUGAACCAGGCAGCAUCAUGGUUUUCAUUGUAUGGGCCUGAAUGGGCUAAGCUCUUUGUGGAGGGCAGAUGUUGUCCUUGGAGCCCUUUUAUUCCCUGCGUUGUGGGAAAGCCAGGAGACAAGACAUCUCAUGAACACUUUGAAGCAGUCAAAGGAUUAUGAUACAAAAUAAGAUACAGCUCAGAGACCAUGCCCUAGCUUUUGCCAGCUAUAAUAAGGUGUAGCCCUUCCUCCUCUAUUCUUUGGCUGGCUUUCCUUCCAGAAGUUGGCAUUCUGCAUUAUCCCUUUCCUUGCAAGGGAGCAAUGGUGGCAGAAGCUAGGAGCUGACAGGUAGGCAUGUAACAAGGCGGUUGAAGAGACUCUUCAGUGUCAAAAUCCAUCUUUUUCCCAACUCCUGAGAAGCAGCCCUGACCUUUAUUGCUGUAUUAUAACUGAUAGCCAGAUGGUCUUUUGGGAGUUGGAUUUUUUUCCCUUUAAAUUAUUCAGGCUCAAGCACCGUCACUAAUGUCAUGAGUAGUUGCAAGGCACACUUCUAUUGUCCCAGCAAGAAAUGUUAUCAAUAGGGGAAAAGUAUGGGAAAGGCAGGGAAAUUCAAACCCACAGAGCCUGGUGCUAAUAACUCUUUUGUGGAGCCUGUGCUUCUGUCAAGGCACGAUGAACUCACAUGGCUCUUGCAGCAAGUGAGGCUGUGCAGUUUCACUGUGCAGGAAGGGGCUUCUCAGAGGUGCAGCAAGGGGGUGCCUGGCAAGAAUACCCAGCUCAGCAGCAGCACUGGCUGGCCUGGGGGCUGCUAUUUGCUUCAUCUUGCCUCAGUUUGCUCUGUUGGGAAAUGGGAGCAGUGCUGAUAAACUCUUUCAGAGACCUUUUGGAAUCAGGAGCUGAGCCUGUGUCUGUGGUGGGUGUAGGGACAGGGCUGAAGUGGUCCUCGUGGGGAUACUGCUCAGCACCCAUGAGAGCAAAGUGGAGAAGGGACAGCACUGGGCUGCCUUAUAAACUCAGAGGGUGGUCUCCUCUUGCUAUCCUGCAAAAGAUUUUCUUUUCCCUCCAUCUGCUGGGAGUCUGGCAGUGAUGCUUUUUCGCUUGGACACCCCUUAUCAUCACAGCUGCUUGGAGAGCAGGACCAGCAGGUUUGUCCUGCGUGCAGUCUGAUCUCCAGUUGGCUUUUGUCUCUUCCUCAGGCCAGCCCAUGGAUUCCCAGCUCUAGCAUUUCUAAAGGGUUACUUACACAGGUAAAAUAGAAGGCUUUUUAGGACCAAGCUAGCUCUGGUCUCACUUUCACAGGUGCCACAGGCUAGUGGCAGCAUCCCUGAGGAAGAUAGUAGCAAUGAGAACACCCAUCAGGUCCUAAGUGCUGACACAUCUGUGUGGAAAUAACUAUCUUUGACUGCUUGGUGAAGCUGUUGGCUCUGCAUCUUGUUCCACACACCAUACUGCUGCUGGGUGGGCAUGUCCUAGUGUUUUAGAUUCCUGAAAUAUAGCACCACAAAUCCCAGCAGUAUUACCACAUCCCUUCAUCCUCAUACUCUUAUGACUUGCUCUGUGGAGGUUUCUGGGUAAGGUUUGAAAAGGCAGGGUGCUGCCUGAGGUGAACCCCAAAGAGCCUCUGGCGGUUUCAGUUUACAAGCAACUGCUUCCUUUGGUGUCCCAGAUGACAGCCCCUUCUCCCAGCCCACACGUGCACCAUGUUCUGCUCAGGUGUUUCAGUGCUACUGCAUUCUACACAAUACGUACUUCAGAAAAUUGCUUAGCAUGGGAGGAAAUACAUAAAGAAAUUAUCCUGCAAAAUCUGCUAUUCAAGAUUAGCUUCUCCCGCUCGCACAAGGCAAGUGAAGUAAUGGAGUGGAAGUGCAGUGCAAUCUCCCUUUUUCAGGGGAAAGGGUUAUGUUGUUGUUAGAGUUUUGGAUAUAAUAUUCCAUUAAAUGUCAUUAGCGUGGCAUUGUCUUGCCUCCUUUGGACACUAGAACCCUGGCAGAAAGGGGUCUUUUAUUACUGUAAAGUACAUUCUUCACAGGUUGAACCUUUUUUAAUUAGUUUUCUUUAGAUCCCGAAUGCUCCAUGUACUCCCAUUCCCAGGUGCCCAAGUGAAGGCAAGUGGACUUUGAUCAUUAAGAAACAUAUGAGACAAUUUGAUCUGCAUUUGGUAGAGGCCAAAGCAGUUUCUAUAGCUGCUUAUGUGGGUGACCCAGGAAUAGUCAUGCACCACUGACACAGUCUUCCUACAGUGAGUAUUACAAAUAAUUAAAAAUUAAGGAGAAUUUAUUAUUUUUCUGCCCAGCUGAAAUUCCCACAAGUCACCUCUCAGCAUAUUCAGCAGUGCACAAGAGGGAUUUAUUAUUUCCUGGUAUAUUGACUCUGAAAGGUCUGGGGAUUACAGCUGCUUUGCACAUGAAUAGCUGGAGUGUGUUGUACAAAAGGCAUGGUCUGUGGGAUAAUGGGGUUGGAUGUGGGAAAGCGCUGACCCUCGGGGAGAGCAGGCUGGUGCCUGAUGGUAGGAAUCAAUUAUGUCUCAAAGGAACACAUUGCCCUGGGAGCAGGCUUUGCAGGAGCCACCAUGUUACGUGUUUACCACCCUCCUCCUUCAAAAACCUAUAUAAACCAACCACAGAAUAUAUUCUCUCCUGCUUUUAGCAGGGGACUCAGCUACCCCAUGCUCUAUAAUGAUGCUUUUUUAACUUUUUGAUUAUUGAGCAUUUGGACUUUGUUCAGGUUGAUACCUUUAAUUUUCUUUAUAGAACCAUGAGGCUUGGAUGUGAAGUCUUAAUGAAGGCCAUAAGUAUUGUGUGUUUCAUGAUAAAGAUCACAAGACUUACCAGCUAGUGCUGCCAAGCAUUUUGGCAAGGAGAAGGCAUCCCGCAGAGAGAAUAGCAGGUUGAGAAUUGGGAGUGUGGUUCCCAAGGUCUGGCCCCAAGAGUCACUCGCUGUCAUUGACAAGAUGGGAAUGGGGUGUUUGUGCCAGAUAGGAGCGCUGUCACCUCUUCCCUUACAGGAGCAGCGAUUGAUCCUAUCUGCGUGUGUCAGAUAUUGAAUUUCUCAGCUCUAGCUAGGGCAGUGGUGGACAGGGGAGAUAAUAGUGACAGACUUGCCUGGCGUCCCCUGAGCCUCAUCUGAUUGUUCCCUACCUUCAACCAGUAUGGCUCCUUCCUCAUUUCUGAGUCACUGGUUUUAUUCAAGCCAAGAGUCUUGGGCCUGAAAUUCCCUCAUAAACUCAGAGUUCAUGUAAUUCAGGGCACACUGCAUCCUCCCCUCUUCAGAGCUCCAAUCCCAGAAUAACCAUAACCACUGGGAGGCAGCUGAUCAGAAUUCGAUGAUGCUGACAGACAGAUGUGCACAAGGACUAAGGACAGCUGCUAAGCCUGAGGUUUGGGUAGAAACAUGAACAAACAAGUUAAAACUCAGUUUACUUUCUGCAGAGAUCAAGUUAUUUUCUGUUGAGUAGAUCAUUAUGUAUUUCCUGACCAAGGAUUUGAGUGCAUCUUCUUUUUCAGCCAUUUCAUGGGCUUAAAUUGUACUAAAUAGCAUUUUCAAAACCCACUGCUGAACUUACGUACAAAGAACUUUGGCAUCUGCUUAUCUAGGUGGUGCCUGGCUGCGAGUGUGGUCCAGGCUGGUAAGCCACAUUCUGCCACAAGCUGGGGAGUUGGCUCCUUUCAGAGAUGCCAAAGCUGUUUAAAAGAAAAGUGGGUGCUGAGCGUCAUUGUAAACCAGAUGUCUCAAACAGCCACUUGCAAUGGGAACACUGCACCCAGUAGGCUAUUGGAAAUACUGAAAUUUGGGUUUUCCCCUGUCUGCCUCAUUUUUCUUCCUUUGUAGAACAUUGCUAAUAAUACAUUGUUAUCUCACAGAGGAGGUUGCUGAGAAUUCAUUAGCUGGUAUUUGUAAAGCACUUUGAAAAUGCAAAGCCAGUGCAUUAUUCUUAGUCUUCUGGAUGCUUUCCAUGUUAUUAAAAUCAGGAUUUCAGAAAGGCUUAUCAGGGGAUCAAAACAGCAUCCCAAACUUGAAAGGAAGCAAGACUGUUAAACCAUCAACUGUCGCCUCCCCCUCCAGCCAGAUGUUAAGCCCUAAAGAACUGAAGUGGCACAAGGAAUUACUUUCCCAAGUUCCCCCAGCUGGGCUGACAGGCCUUGAUCAAUGGUUUUCCCCACAGUGAGUGCUAUGCAGAUGGUCUGCCCAGAGCAAGGUUUCUGUGAAGUACAAAGGGAAGUCAAACACCAUUUCUAAUUCAGCUUGUAGCAUGGCACACUUCCUUUAUCCUCUGCCUGAAUGCAGUGAAUAGGAGAGCAGUGUGGGAAACUGGAAGGAACUCCAAACUCACAGAGUUUGUGGGGCUGUGGGACACUGCUGUCCUCCAGCCACAUCUGCCUGUGACAGACAGAGGGAAAAGAGUGGCAGAACGAAAAAUCAGAUUCUAAAAACUGCAUGAAGGGAAGAUGGACCCCAAAUAAAAAGGAAGAAGUGAAGGAAGCUCUGCAGGCAAACAGCAAUUGCACCAGGCUCAAACAAGCAGCAGAGCAAGGAAAGAGCUAGGAGGAAAUGACAGGGAAUGGAACUGCAGCAGCAGAAUCCUACUCAUCCACCAGUAAGGCCAGAGAAAAUUGUCCCAGUGAAGGUGGCAGAGGUGGCUUCAGCCCACAUGAACACUUCUGAGCCACAUGCUCUGUUUGCUUCUUUAAUUCCCCAGGUUUGUUUAGUCUGUCCUGGGAAACACAGACCCCGGAUAUUAGUCAAACUGAUGUGUGCUUAUUCAAACUGUUGCAAACAGUCAAACUGAAGCUUCUCCAAUCCUUAAUUGCCUGGGUGUGUUAAUCUGAAUUGCUGUUUGCUGUAUGGGGAUUAAAUACAGGAUGAUUUCCUCCUUCCAGCUUCAGAUGCUCUGCUGCAGGUGAGGCAUUGCCUCAGCUCAGCUUUGCCCAGCAGAAUAGCUGGGUUCUUGGUAGAACUCUCCAUGAGGUGAGGCACUGACAGACACCAAGAGACUUUGCUCCCAGGUGUCAGAGCACCCAUACCCCAUGUUGCUCAGUACCUCUCUCUUGCUGUUCUUUAUAUCUAAGGCUGACCUGCCCAAAUAUGAUGGCUACCAUUGUGGCACAUCACCUGUAAUGGUACAGGAGGGCAUUUAUUCCUUAACUCUAUAUGAGCUGGGCUUGGCUUUAAGAAAAUUAGAUCAGAUUUUAUACCAGGAAUGCUCUGGAAAAGCCUUUCUCUUCAUUAAUACUUCUAAACUGUUCUCUGUUGCUUGGAUGAAAGAAAUAGGAAACACUAGCCCAGAUUCCGGUAUUGGUAUUUGGCAGGUGAAAAUCCAGGCUCAGCUUUUGCUGGUUAGGAUUUUGAUGAACUCCACCGGAGGCAUAGAGGGAAUUUGUGUUUACACCAGUUUACAGGAGGUCAGGAGGUAGCUCUGGAGGUACAAAAGCUGCAGGCCAAAUCCAGCAGCCUGCUCCACUUGUCAUGGAGUCCUAAGUUCCUGCUGGUUUCAGUGAGGACCCAAGUAAGGCCUGUAGGGUUGGACCCAUUCUGUUUGUCACCUCAGGAUGGUCACUAGGACUCAACACUAAUUGAGUCUCCUCUUGCUGUCUUUCCCACUCUUUAUUCCAAAGCUUUGCUCUGUUCCUGCUCCAAAGCUUUUUAGCUUUCUGCAUGACUUACUAACAUAAGGCUAUGGAAGUUUGUGUACUUCUGAGUUUCCCACACCAUUUCUUAAUUAUAGUCAUUCCUGUCACAAAGGAAGUGUGCCUGACUACAAACCACAUUAGCAACGGUGCUUGCCUCUGCAUUGUGUUCAGUGGGAAACCCUGCUCCCAAAAGGCCAUCUGGGCAGCACAUAUCGGGAGAGAAGCAACAGGAGGAAUGAGCAUCUCUCAAGACUUGGGAAAGCAGCAGCAUCUUUAAGUCUUCCUAAAGAGCUAACAUCCUGCAGAGAUUCUGGCAGAAGGCUAUUUGCUGAUGCCAUAGGUCAGAUAUGUCAUCCAGAAUCCAGUAUCUUGGGAUCCUAUUAAGUUUUCUGUGCAAUAUUGUAUAUAUUUGGAACUAUAGUAGAAGGUGUAUAAUUCAGAAUUCAUUAUCCUUAGCAUAAAGUCCACUGACUCUGCUAACUUUAUAAUGGGGAAGAAUUUGUUAACAGUUUCCUUUAGGAUUUCCAACCAAAGGAGAAGCAGAACAUCUAUUUUGGGUAAUUGAGCAUCUAAUCUGAGUAACUCUUCAAAGAUAGUCAGUAAUUGGCUCAUUUUUCCCCUCACAGACUAUGAAACCAAAGAGAAAAUAAAAAGCUAUUUUAACUGUGUGUAUUUCAGGCUAGCAUGACUAUUCCAGUGGAGUUAACUCAGGAAUCCCCUGGGUGCUGAGUAGAGAUAUAAGAGGUUUGUGUGUAAAAUCCUGGUGCAGAGCUCCCAGGCAGAAUGAACGGUGGCAGAUGUGUAGGAGGCAAUGGGCUCAGCCUGCUCUGCAGCGACUGAGGGGCUGCAGCAGCUGCUACCCUGGGCUCUUACCGCCCUCCUACACAUCUGUAGGACCACUGGGCAAACCCCAGAGCCAGCCAGAGCCCACAGCUGUGACAGAAGAAAGCCAAAGGCAGACCAAGUCACUCAAAUCAUGCAUCAGCUCUACUACAGCUUUAUCAUGGAAAGUUAGUCCUCCCCCCAGAUAAAAGUUCUAUGAUACAGGAAUGCAAUAAUGCUCAGAUUCCUGAGAAUUAGACUUCUUGUUGUGUGCUGUGGAUAAUUGCAGGGAAGGUAUCUGAGACUUUAAGUAGCUCUGUUGGACUAAACCAGGAGUGCCUGUUGAUGUGACUUGUACUGGAAGGGGAAAUCAUUGCUGUUCUUGUAGCUGAUUAUUAGUGAGUUAAUCUGGGAACCAGAAACUCUCUCGUAAAAGUGCCAGUGGGCCCUGCUGAUCACGGGACUGGCAUAUUUCUUCUUCAUGCGCUUGAUUAACGAGCUCAAGAAAUGAGUUACUACUCAGGAGUUUCUGUUUCAGAGAAUCUUCCCAAGAGGGAUACACAGAGCGAAAGACUGGUUUCAGAGGUGGCAUUACAUGGGCUCAAAGAUAAUGCACAGGCUUUGAGGAGAACAUGUGAAAUGGUGUCACAAAAGCUUUCCCACAAGUUGACAUAAAAGACUCCGAGCUCAACAGCUGCUGCUCUGUACGAAAAGAAGGAGCCUAUUCAAGAGCAGUACAAUAGGGAUGGAAAAGCAGAUCCUGGAAGAGGUCAUUUAAACCUUACCUGGUCUUACGAAUAAUGAGUUGCAGAGGGAGAGAGAAAUGUGUCUGUGGGUAUACGUAUUCACACUGAAAGACGUGUGACCACACACGCCUGUGUUACUAUAUACAUAAAUGCACAUAUAUUAAUGUAAAUACAAACAGUAAUUACUACAGUAAGAGAUCCCCAAACACAAGCCCUAACAUUACUUGACACUAAUUUAUUACUACUAUUAUUACUAUUAUUAUUAUUACUCCUGUACUGAAUUAGAGAGGGAGAUAUCAAUGCUCACAGACAAAAGCGUUAAACUGCUUAGGUCAUGUAGCCCGUUUGGAGUAAAUCUGGGACCAGAAUGCGUGGUUCUAGACAUGGGGUUAGUGCUGCUGCCUGCCCAUUGCACCCUGUUUGUGGUGUAACAGGGCAACAUCCCUGCCAGCCUUGCUCCACACAGUCCAGGGUGCAUGUCCAGAGGAUGCAGAAAACACUGCUGCCGUGUCCUCCUUUUAGAGCUCACAAAAGAAGGCAGUGCUUGCAUGGGCAGAAGGCAGGUAAAAUGCAGGCAGAUCUGGUUCAUGUUUUCCAUCAUACAUUUCCACUGUGUGUUUACAGGAUGCAAAUAGCAAGAGCGUUAACUCUUCCUGUUGCAGGAACCUACUUAACAAGGACUGUGCAUCUCAGCAUAGAAAUUGGCCCAGUGGAGAGUAGCGAGGAAUCAGGAAUUUUGAUUUCUAACAAGUUUAUGGGCCAUACAGAUUCCUUUUGUGCUCAGUUUUCCUUUGUGCAUGGCCUAAAUUGAAAUAGUGACCUGUUUUCUGUUUCACAUGGGCCGGACUGCUAACACAGUCCCUGGGGGAGAGCAGUUGGCCUUGGGCGGGUGGGAUUCCAGAGAUCCUGCUCUUUCCCCGGGCAGGCAGAACGUGCUGGUGUGUGCGUGUGCUUGGGUGCCUGCUCCAGCGUGUGCCUGUCCUGUGAGCGUCCCUUCCCGCCACCGGCAGCUGACCUGCUCCUUCCUGCACCGUGUGAGCCGCAGGCUGCGCCGGGAAUGCUAUUGAUCCGCGGCAUUAGUCAGCAGCCUUUUCCCAUUGAAGGCCAGCUCUUUCCCAGCUUCUGACACGUAAUUCUGAUCCCAGCCUUUCACGUACCACACACUCCCCACCUGCUCAUCUGGGAGAAGGUCAUUAUCCCCAGGCUAUUCAGUGGCAAUGGAGCAUGCAAGAAUAGAUGCUUCUCCUAUUGUGCUGCCCUUCUCCCGGAUUGGCUGUGGAGUGUGGGAAACACCACCAAGCCAGAGACCCACAGACUCUUGGAGAGGUUGUACAGUAUAAAUACCAGGCAGAGCCAGCCUCCAGCCACACGCUUCUCCUGGACUUCCACUUCCAGACUGUCCCUCCUUUCCCAGGACAGAUGGCUCCCAGCACUGUUUUCAUGGAGCCCGACAACCUGCUGACACCAAAGGAGAAAAACAAACUGAGGAAGCCCGUGGUGGAGAAAAUGCGUCGUGACCGGAUUAACAGCAGCAUUGAGCAGCUGAAACUGCUGCUGGAGAAGGAGUUCCAGAGACACCAGCCCAACUCCAAGCUGGAGAAAGCCGACAUCCUGGAGAUGGCUGUCAGCUACCUCAAGCAGCAGAGCCAGCUGCAGGUGAAGGCUGCAGGACCCUUCCAUAAGAGCUCUCAGUUUGACUUCAGAGAGGGCUAUUCCAGGUGUUUGCAAGAGGCUUUCCAUUUCCUCUCUCUUCACAAAGUCCGAACUGAAACACAGACCAAACUUUUAAGCCACUUCCAGAAGAGCCAGUCGGCUGCCACGGAGGUCGCCUUUUCCCCCGGGAACCCUAGCAUCCUGAAGCCAGCGUCUCCGAAAGAUGCCAGCACCCUCUGGAGGCCCUGGUAGUCCAGGAGUCCUUAUUUCGUGGACCUUUGCCUUUUACAGUCCAGACGAAGGAUCUGACUGCAUCUGAUAGUCCAGCUCUGAUCCUCUCUUCUGUGGGGAAUGUUAUUUCCCCAUGUAUUUUAUUUAUCAGUACACAGAAUGGCACACUUUUGACUUUGGGAUCCUUUGGCAAAAGUUCAGGCAUUCUGUUGCAUGGUCCUGGAGCUGUGUAGACACUGCUGGUAACAGUACACAGAGUGCUGCCAGCCAGGGGUGAAUGCCUUCAAAAUGAAGGGGUGUGUUUUGUAAGUGUUACAGUUGUGAUGGACACGAAUUGCUGUAGGAGAGAUUUCUCUCAUAUUGCUUGUAAGAGGCAUCAGCUCUGCUCUGGCUUGACCAGCAACAGUUGUUUGCUCAGUCACCCCGGAGGAUAAAUUUACUGCCCUUUUGUUCAUGCACACUUGAUUAAAAUCAGUUUCCCUCUGUUUGCUUAUAACUUGUACAGAAUCAGAGAUUGGUUUGGUUUGGUUUUGGAUUUUUCCCCCACGGCCCUUUCGUAAUCCUAGUAUAUAAAGGACAGAAACUAGGAAACUAUGUGGAAUAUUUCUACUACUUUGCUGCUUUUUUCAAUUUAGAAGAGGACGUUACUGCUUUACGUUAAAGAAAAGGUAGUGGGUAAAAGGCUUGAUUUGUCAAUGUUAUACAUUUUGUGUGUAAGCUAUGCUUUUUCUAGCAUUUUCAUUAUAAUAAUGAUUUUUGUCUGUAUUGAGUGGUUUAAUUCAUGGUGGAUAGUGUUUCUCCCACAAGUGGGACAGCCCUAUGGCUACCUGCAUACUGUGUAUGCGUCUCUGUGUUUGUAGAGAGCAAUAAAA